GUUCCGCUUCAUGGGAAAAGCAACUCCAUUACGGUUCACGUAUCAUCGACAAAGUGAACUUAUUGUUACGAUAGAAUGCUUUAAUUAACUUCAAUUAAGCAAUCCGAUAUGAUAAACCGACGACUUCGCAUAAAACUGCUGGUGAAUUGUUGUCUUUGAAGCCAGGUAAUACGGAAUUACGACUAACAUGAAAAUGAACAUGUCCUGAAAAAAGAGAAAUGGAAAAAUAGUAAAAUAGAAGAAAUUGAAGAAAUCUGCCUUGGCCAAAGAAUUGAUCGAGCAUGACAUUGCACUAAAACCAUCGUCGAUCAUCAGCGUCAUCAUCAUCAUCGUCAUCAUCAUUGUCGAUCCUCAAAAUCUUUUAUUAAUCAAAACUUGCUUAAGGAAGCAUGGCUACAAAUAAUAAUAGACUUUACAAUGCCUGCGAAAAAGGAAAUUACGAUGAAGUAGAAGCGAGAUUACUACAAGAAGAUGAAACCUCCAAAUCCAAGUUGUUAAGGAAAUACUUUGAUAUUUCUCAAAACACUCUCCUCCAUAUAGCUGUCAUUAAUGGCCGUUCACGAAUCGUAAAGUUGUUGUUAAGACACGGAGCGUGUGUUAACUUGACUACUGGAGCAGGGAAGUACACUCCUUUGCAUCUAGCGGCAUCAACAGGGCAGACAGAAUGCGUGCGAAUACUUCUAGAACAGCAAGAUAUCGUUCUAAGUCCAAAAGAUGACUUCAAAAAUACUCCUUUAAAGGGUUCGAAAAACGAAACAAUUGCAAAGCUUAUAAAAAGUAAAGAGGUCAUCAAGGCAGUCCAAAGAAAUAAUGUCGAACGACUCGAGGUAGCGCUUUGCGGUGCCCAGAAGAAUACCUUCACUGAAGUCUGUUUCUCCAGAGCAUUGAAGGUAGCUGUGUGUAAUAACCAAGUUAAGACUGAAAUAAUCUUCAAGAUUCUGUCAUUUGCAGCUGAUAAUUCCUGUUUUUCGGAUCUUGAACUAUUGGACUGCAUUCAACUGGUGUUCGCUCAAGACAAUUUCAAUGUUGAAAUCACAGCACUGUUAGUUCUCUGUUGGCUGGCGUCUGUCGAGGGAGAGAUUUGGCAGCUUAACUUCUUCCUCGGGAUAAGCGCAGAUGAUUGGCUGCAGGACCAGUCACAUGAUGCGACAUUAGAUCAGCUGGAAGUGAUUCAUCAUCACAAAUUUCACGAGAUCAGGGAGAUGUUAAAGAGAAAGAAGUGCAAGGAUUUUUCUCCCGCUAUAAACAUCGCCAUGGCUUGCAAGCACACAAAGGCCUGCCAGAUGCUGUUAGGCCAUGGAUCUAUGCACGAAAAAAUGUGUGAAGUACGUUGGCAAUGCCUAGGAAUUCCCACCCUCACUGCACAGAUAUUCAAGGCCAUUCUUCAUAGAGGACCAUUGGGUGUUUGUAAGUGGAAUAAUAUUACCCUGUUAGAUCUUCGACGCAAUAACCUGGAGACAAUCCCAUCGAUGAUUUUCCACCUUCCUCUCCUUGGAACACUCUAUCUCGACAACAACAAGCUAGUGGACUUGCCUAACGCCAAAUGGAUCUCUGACUCGUUGAACCGUCUUUACCUAUCGCAUAACCAACUAAGUCACCUACCCAGUGUUUUGGGAUCAUCGAAUCUUCGAACUCUCUACCUGGACAAUAAUAUGUUUAGAUCUAUCCCUGAAUGUGUCUGCAAAAUUGCUGGACUCGAAACCCUUGACAUCAUUGAAAACCAACUGGAAUGGAUUCCUCUGGAAAUUGGAUUACUCUCCAAACUUACAAGUUUUCACUUUGAUCCUAAUAAGGUUGUCAGCCCCCAAGGUAUCUCUAAAUUCAGAGUAGAGACUACCAAAGAACUGGUAACAUGGCUACGUUCUUUGUUAGUAAAAAUGAAACCAUACACCACGGUGAAGCUUCUAGUAGUCGGAUGGCAAGAUAAAGGAAAGACAACAUUGGUGCAUAGACUGGAAGGUGACUUCAAAUACUUCGAAAGAGAAGUCACUCAAGUUUUGAAACUUGUAACAGGAGUUGAGAUGAGUGAGUUUCGCAUGCAACAAAAGAUGAUGGUUGUGGUACCUACUGGCCCAAAGGUGAAAUUCCAGGUUUGGGAUUUUGCUGGCCAAGAAGACUUCUACCUAAUGCACAUGUGUUUUUUGUCAUCUGUUGCGCUUUAUUUGUUGGUCUGGGACCUACAGGAUGGAGAGAUUGGAAUAGAGGAACUGAAGACAUGGUUGGACAACAUAGCAUGUAAGGCAGUGUACCCCACCACUGUUAUCAUUGUUGGUACUCAUUUGGAUUGCAUCCCGGGAAAUCAAGCCAAAGACUACACAGAGCGCAUGAGAGAACUCGUUAACAACAUGAUAGAGAGAAGACCAAGAGAUAAAAUCCACGUAGCUUGUGUUGUUGAAGUCAGUAGUCACCCUCAGCGAUGCCAAGGAUUGGAAAACCUUCGUGACAGGAUUCUAAAAGCUGCCAAAGAGAUGGUAAAAGAUAAGAAUGUACGAGUGCUGGAUCAGCCAGUUCCGAUAUCCUUCCAUGAAUUGGUGACCAAGAUUGAAAAGAUGAGAAAUAAGAUGUGGAUGAAUAAGGAAUUGCCGAUACUAAACCUUGAUCAGCUGUGGUCAUUAGUGAAGGAGACUCUUGGCUUCAAGGAGAAGAGGUUUCCAGAAGAUGAAUUUAAGGAAGCUGUUGAGUUCUUGAAGAAUCGAGGAGUUAUUCUACACUUCGAUGACCCUAACCAAGACUUGCGCGAGCUUUACUUCAUUGAUCCAGGAUGGCUCUUUACCUUGAUGACACGAGCCAUUACUAGCCAAAGUAGCAAAGAUGGACUCGUCAGGAAAGACUCUCUUUUUGUCGAAAACGAAGAAGCAAGUUUUACGGAGAAAUCACGUGAGCGAGGAAUUCUACUGUUGAGCCGUUUUUAUGUUGUUCACAUCCUUGAUCAAGAUACUCUCCUUAUUCCAUCGAAGUUUUCGAAGAUUGGACCAGAGAAAAAAAUGAAAGGGAAAAAGCGUUUGCGACGUAUCUACAAGAUGGAAUACCUUCCUCACGGGUUUUUUAGUCGGCUUAUUGCAAGACUGUUGCACUAUUUAAACUCGAUGAUUGUUGAAGCUUUUAAAGACCAAGAGGUGAUGCCAUCAUCAUCAUCAUCACCAUUAACAUCAACAUCGUCAUCAUCACCAUCACCAUCACCAUCACCAUCAUCACCAUUAUCUUCAAAUCAAAUACCAACGCCAACGACAAGGCCAACGCCAAGGUUUAGCGUUCAACAAAACCCGACAACACUAACUAAACAACAUCAACAACUUUCUCCGCCCUGGCCAUCACAUCCUCCACGUGUAAGAACGCCUUCAACGGCAACAACAACAGCAUCAACAGUGUCAGAAAUAGGAACUUCAAGAGCCGCAACAGCAACACCAUCACCACCAGGAUCAGAAUCAUCAUCGUCAUCAGUAUCACCAUCACUAUCAAAACCAGAACCCAUAGUAACAUCAUUAUCACCACUACCAGCAACUAAACUAGUAUCACCACCCCAACCAAACCAAACGUCUUUCUCACCAAGGCCUCGUGUAAAUCCACAUUCAUCAUUCCCAGAAGUAACAACAGUAACAAAUUUAAGAGAAGCAGACAUACUUCACUGGUGGCGCAACGGCAUACAGCUAAACCUACCCGAUGCCUUCCUUGAAGUCACUCUUCAACAAGAAGCCAAUAAAUCACCUCGUAUCGUAAUCAAGGCUUCACGGUCAGUACCAGGAAAAAGGCUACUCGUGUUCACCAUCGAGCAUGUCGAAGCAUUGAUCACAGAAUGGUUUCAUGGCUUGAGAGAGGGCAGAGUUUCUCAGUUUGUUCCCUGCGUGGUUUGUGAGGACAAAGGCUUGGAGGAUUCCAAUGUCUUUACUCUAGGAGACUGUCUUAGAGCAUCCAACAAUUCGGACUGUAUUGAGUGCCCCAAACAUAAAGAUGCUCCGGUACCAAUAAGUGAUAUUGCUCCUGAUAUAUCUCUUCAUGACGUUCACCCUGAUCUGCUCUUUCAACGUCAUCAGCUCCAUUACGACGAAAGUAGUAACAUCAAGGAAGGCAGUUUCGGCAAGGUUUACUGCGCGGUUCUCAAAAAAUCAACAGGAUCUGAGAAGCUCGUGGCAAUCAAAGAAUUCAAAGGAGACGAAUUGACAUCGUUCAGGGAACUGCGCAAAGAAAUAAAUGUCCUAAGGCGUGUUGUUCAUCCUAAUCUUGUGCAAAUGGUCGGAGUAGCUAGUAAACCAAGAUGCAUGGCGUUGGAACUUGCCGAGGGAUCUUUAGAAGGGGUUUUGUUUGAUAAGGAUUCAGAGAAAAUCCCGCGUUUAGUUCUUAUUGCCAUUGCAAAGGAAAUUGCUAACGCUUUAGCUGUCUUGCAUUGGCAUAAGAUAAUUCAUCGCGAUUUAAAACCAUCGAAUGUGCUGGUCUAUUCUCUGAAGGAAGACGACACAGUUCAUGUUAAAGUAUCUGAUUUUGGGACAGCGAAUUUCACCGGUCCGUAUGGUAUGCGAGCACUGGUCACACGUACCCAUAUCAGGGCACCAGAGGUGUUAGAAUUCGCCCUAAAAGAAGAAUACAGCGUUGAGGUCGACAUAUACUCUUUUGGAAUACUCUUAUUUGCCAUGAUCACUCGGGAAAGGGCAUUCAAUGACGUACCAUCCAAUGAUAUAAGGUCUUGCAUUCUAGAGCAAAAGAGGCCAUCUUGGAGACACGCAGAAGGUGCUAUGGAUGUACUCGUUAACUUAACACGUCUAAUGUGCGUUUCCUGGAACCAAAGUUCACAGGACCGACCAACAGCUGUUCAAUGUCAAAAACAACUCGAAAAUCCAGGAUUUCAGGCGUUGAUGUCAAAGCUGGCGUUUCCUUCAGCAAAUAUAGUUGUCUUCCUCCACUUUUUCCCCUGUAAUGAAGACCUCUGGGUCGUUCAUACCAUCAAUGGCUUUACUUUUUUAUCUGUUUUUACUGGAAGUUUCGGCUUGAACUCUACGCAGUGCUUUGAAAUUUGUCGGAAUCAAGAUCAGGAAAUAGAAGCCAUUUGCACGCAUUUGGACACAAUGGUCGUUACCUUGAAGAAAAUGACAAAUCUGACGAGGAUCUUCAAGAUUUAUUCAUUAACCGAGUCAUCCCUUCUUACAACUAUGGCCUGCGAUUCAUUGCCGGCAAUAAACAGCAUGGCUGCAACGAUAACUCAUAUUUUCAUUGGUACGGACUUAGGAUGCUUUGUAACAGACAUCGAUAGGCAAACAAAUGGAACAUUGACUGCAAAUCAUUUGACACAGAAACCUGUUGAAUCGAUAUUGGUCACAAACAGUAAGCUAUGGAUGUGUGAUAAGUCUUCUGUCACUGUGUAUUCACUUUUGGAGGAUUCUCAGUUUGUACCAUUCUACGAUCACAAAGACCGCUUUAUCAAGGGAAUCUAUCCGUUAGCGCACGCGCAACUGGAAGAAGAUACAAUAUGGAUACUUACCGAGGACUCAGUUUUGAAGUUAAACGCGGAAGCUCAAAUACUGUGUUUAUUUGAGGUCCAAGACUUGUUCCCGAGUCAAACAAUAGAGUUGUCGGUUCAAAGCCAUGUCACGUGUUUGUUGCCUGCAAAUGAUACAUUAUGGCUGGGGCUAUUCACUGGUGCUAUCGUUAUCCUAGAUAUCAAUACACGUCAAAUUAUAACCAGUUUUCAACCGUACACUGAAGCAGUGGCGCAUAUGGUGUCGUCUCCAGAUACUCAGCCACCAAUGGUCAUUAGCUGUGGUAGAUCACCCAGUGGUUUUCUAGGCACAGAUCGUGAUAACGUUAUUCAUCCACUCGCAGUGGACACAUCAGAAAUGGUCAAAAUAGCUGCAAGGAAACCUAGUAGAGUAUUGAUGAAUGUCAACACGAGCUUCGAGGGUAAUUGGGAAGAAGUGCAAUUGGAGGAGUUUAGUGAUGUCUUGUUUGCUUGGCAUGCGAUGUCAUGCAAGUCUUGGAAAAGAAUUCAAAGAGCACAGAGUAACAAAACCUAAAAGAUCAUAAACGCGGAAAAAGAAGACAAAUGCACACAGAAAAGAAAGUGGGUAACCGAACAUAGAGACUCUGAAUCUUUUCGAUUGCCACUUUUUGUGUUAAUGCAUGGGAAACCUAGUAAAAGGUUUUGCAACCAACUGACAAGGUACCCAAGAGAUCAAAUUGUUUACAAUUUAGAAACUGAUUUUGCAUAGGGAGGGAAACCUAAGAAAAACCUUACUCUACUCGCAUAUGAUUGGCGAGGUGAGGAGCUAGAGUUGGCACAUUAGCAACGCACACAACCGUCCAUGCGGCUUCCACUUGGUUGAUUGUUGUCCUUGUACUAAAGUUGAGGAAUGUUUUCGUGUGAGCGUCCAAAUAUGUAAUAAAAAUGAUCUUGAAAUUAGAAGUACGAAGCAAUUCACAAAGAUUCCGUUAAAGCUAAACCUUCUGUAUCAAUCAAGUAAAAAGCCCAAAUAGCGAAUAAAGUAAUGAGGAAUUAG